GUUUCUUAAUUUAUGUUUAAAUCGCGUUUAGCGAGAAUUGUUUGUGUUUUAACACCAAUAUGGCGACUUUCUUUGGCGAGGUUUUGCAAGUCAUCUCACGUGCAGUCGAUGACGACGAUGAAGAGGAUGAAACCAUUUGUUUAAAAAGUGAUCCUUACAUCUACUGGUCAAAAAGCUUCAGAACUGAGCUAGGUCAACACCCGGACUACAGAGCAACUUGCGAUAUUCUGGUUAUUGCUUUCGGAGCGGCAGCAGCAGGAUUUGUAAACACCUGUAUCAAACAUUCCAAAUAUGAUCUUAUUGGAGGCAUCUUUAGCGGACUUCAGAAUCAGGAUUCUCAAACCCUGAUGCAGCAGUCUCUGAAUGACAAAAAAUGUUACAUCUAUCGUAGUAGUGAAUCUUUGUCAACCUUUAUAUGUCUCUGUAAUGCAGAUGUUGCAGUAGAACAGUCCAGCUCAUGGGUGAACCAGUUGUUUUCAGGUUUAAGAACACAGAAUGCUUUUGUGCUAGUGCUAAACACUUCUCAUGCAAGCAGAUUCAUCAGUGAUGUGCCCACAUCAGACCUGUCCCUGCCUAUCUUGAGAGGGCUUAAGACUUCCCACUUUCCUGAUAAACUAAUCUGCCCAGUCUUAGAGCAACCCAACUUAAUGACUGGCGUACCAGCACAAGUGAUGACCCACUGCCAGGUACAUGGAAUAAAAGGAGUUUUGUACCAGUGCUACACCAGUGCCAGAAAUCUUGUGGACACUGCCACAAUAAAAGCAUUUUGGCCUGUUCUGAGUUCCACUUCCAUCAAAGACUUUGUGCAGAAAAAUACAAACACUGAAAAACAGCUUCAAGAUAUUGUAAAACUUCAUGCUGUGCACGAUACCCUCUACUUAUAGCCAUGGCAGUAACUAAUGGCUGAAGCUAGGCGCAGGUUAAAAAUUAGGUUUUUUUUUACUUAAGUGUUUGGUUUUGAGUCACUUAGACACAUUAACCUGGACUUUCUUGGUAUGUGCUUUAAAUGUUAAUAAAAAUUUCUGUAACAGAUCUUGCCAGACUUUCAAAGAGGGGGUAGUGAAAAGUUUUGAAAUUAUGCUAGUGUUCCAGGCUAGUGUGUGUUGGUAAAUGAUUGUGAAGUUUUGACAAGCGUGAGCUCUGGGCAGCAGUUUUCAGUGAAAGAUUACAGAUGUUGAGAUUGAAAUAUUGUGAUGUUAAGGGUAUGUAAUUGAACACCAGCAUUUUCAUGUUAGCUUUAACCAGCACACAGCUUGCAAUUUUGCUUGAGUAGUUGUUAAUAUAUGGGGUUGAGUGAAAAUUGUAACUAUGUAAUUCUCCAUCUUCAGAAUACAUCUUUACAAUUGUCAGUGUUACAACUAAUGAUUGGCAUGGCUCAUGACAUUUUUUCGAACAAGAUCCUGCGUUUGGCUUUGUCAUUUGGAACAUCACUAAAAAAAAGAUAUCUAUCCAAUCCAGGUGUCUUCCUGCUUCUCUGCUUUUGUAGCCUGGUGGUUGAUGCACACGUGCAGAGCAGACUAAAGUUCAAUGUCUGCUCAGGUCUAUGGCUUGAAAACCCCCAUGCCCACCCAGCAUGAUUUAUUAUGAAGAUAAAGAUGGUGGAAAAAGAGAGUUGGGGUUUACUUUCCAUUGGUUCUGCCACAGAUGGGGUGAACCAUAGAUGUUCACUACUCCUACUGCCACUAUGGGACCUCUUGGAAUCUUUACACAAUUUUGGAUCUGCUGUGACAAACUGUGCAUCUUAACUAGAAGCUCUUGUCCAACCACUGUAGACAGUUAGUUUGGCUAAUUAUGGCCUUGGAUAUCUCCAGGUGCUAUGCAGGAGGUCAGGGUCAGCAUGCAAGUCAGUGUCCACCACUGUGGUACAGAUGCUUAUGAAACUGUGUUCAAAUUUCUCAGCAUAUUACAAAUACAAUGAUGCAUUUAUUGAUGGUGGUCAGAUGUAAUUUAUUUUUAACAUGGUUUUUGCUGCAUAAAUUGGGUUGCUGAUCACACAGUUUAAAUGGUUUUUGCUCCUAGUUACAACAUGAUUUUGUUGUUAAGGGAUCAAUGGAUCACUUGAGGCUAGGGUUCUGAAGCAAUUUUUUAUGGUACUCAUAAAGUAAUGUAUUUUGGUACACCAUGGAAACCUGCAACUGACAAAUUUAUUAAUUUGUUUAGGAAUUAGUUUAUUGAGAUUUUUAUUCAAGCCCACUUCUACCCCUCCACCAUCAAAUGUAUAAGUGGUGGGGAUUUGGGGUUUAUCAAGCAGUAAUUGUAGACAUUGUCUUCCAAUAAAACAUGGACUUUUUAAAAACUUUUGGAUAGAGAAACUUCACAGUAUGUCAGCUUGCAUCAUCAAGACAAUGAUAUUUGUCUAGAAAGCAUUUGCAUAUGCAGUAAAGAUGAGAUUUAUCAAAUAAAUGUUGGUAUUUAUACUCAAGAUAAUAAAAUUUAAUUGAUGGACAUGACCAGAUAUUAGUUCUACCUGAUCAAUUUUAAGGAUAGUUAGCAAGCCCUUAACAGUUCAGAAACAUUUUUAAAUCAGUAUUUCUGACCUCUCCAGUAUUUAUCAGUUGCCACUUGUUCACCAAACACAAGAUCGGAUGUUAGAAGCAAUCCUUGAAGUUGAGUCAGGUUCCUAUAAACUCCUAGAACAGAUUUUUCAGCUGUGGGGUUUUCCUCUCGUGCAAUAUCAUUUUGGUGAAGAGCAAAGGUCACUAACAUGGAUGCAAGAGAAAUUAGUGUACUUAUUCAUUGUGUAUGUGAAUGAGUGAGGAUGAUAGAAAGCAUGCAAGUAUGCCUUCCAGUCGGGGUUCGAAAGCAAGCAGUCAUGUUCUUGAAGGCCUUAUCUUGUCAUGCUAAGCAAAUAAGCUCAGUGAUUACCAUGAUUGAACAGAAAUAUUUUUAUACUGUGAUGCAAUUUGCAUUAGGAUAUACUUUUUAUGUCACAUACUAGAAACCAUAGAACAUUUCACUUAAUGUGCAGAAUGUGUAGAAUGUUGUUAUGCUUGCUUACAUUCAUGGUCAGCCCAGUUGUGAAAUUUCACAUAAAAUUGACAAUGCUGUGAUUUGGUUGCAAAUUAGUAUAAGAGAAUGACACACUUGCUGUAUGCUUGCAUCAAUGAUCUUAAGGUGAUAGGAACUAUAUUGAAAAUAUUUCUGCCGUGCACAAAUUGUGUAAGAAAAAUUUAGAAAAAUUAAAAUGGUCGAUACAAUUUAUUUCGAUUGUAUUGUCUUCCUUUCUGAGGCGGCUAGUGUAGGCAGGUGGUAAUGGUGGUAAUAAAGGACUGGGAAGUAGAGAGAUGGACACAUGCUUACUGACUUCCAUUGACAUGGAUGUGACCGAGCUAACUCUGUUAUUUUUUCCAGAUUUUCUUUUACAUUUCCCGGAUCUACAUUAAUCUCAACAUCUACCGGCAACAUAAAAAUGAUACAUUUCCAAGAUUUAUAUGUAGUAAUGAUCUACACAAGAGCUCCAAUACAAUAAAGUUUACAGGCUGUUAUUCUUACCUUUUGCUGUCAGUCACAUAGACCCACUUUUUACCUGGCUACAUAAAAACUUGAUGAAUACAUAAUUUAUAUGUCAUUGCCAUAGAUAGGAGCAAUUAGUUCUUGUUAUGAUGCAUGGUACAGCAAUAAAUAAUAGCAUGCAUAAGAGCGUACAGGCAACGUGAAUUACUACUGAGGAAUACAAGCUUGCCAUGAUGAAGGGACAAGAUGGUUUUGGGGGUCGGAUAGCCGGAUGCAGCACUACUACAUUUCACACAAAAACAUUUUGUUUUCUGUAGCUAUGGGAACAAUCCAAUCUGGUAAAUAAACAAGUUUUGUGGGUUCCAGAUCUUGCUUGAUGGCAAAAAGCUAUGUAGCAAAAUUUUGCUUUUUUGUUCUGUGGUCAAAACCAAGUUUAAAAGAAACUGGUGUUUUUUAGGUUUUGAUUUUUGUGCAGCUGCAUUCAUUCUCACCUUUAAACCCCAAGUUCCCCACUCCACAUUCAUAUUUAUUACGAAGACCACCAUUGCACUGAUAGAUGCUAUACAUCGUUUUAUUGAUAUGAGUUAAUGACCCAUCUUACUGACAUUUGUCACUGUGAUUUUUGUCUACACGACUGACCAUACUGGAGAGGGUGUUUCUAAUUUUUAAGAUAAUUAUAGGAACAAAUAUCACAAAAUGGCAUGCAUACUGACACUGAGGACAUAUAAAAGGAUCAAUGUUAAGCAAAAUGCUUUUUAUUUUCAAUGGUAGGCAUGGCAUGUGGUUUUAUAGAAUGCUAUAUGAGCGAUUCUGAUGAAGUUUUUAUUGGAAAGACCCUGGCAGUGUGGUUAAUUUUGAAAAUAGCUGAAAUGCAUCAUAACUGGUGGCAAAAAAAAAAA